GGGCCCCAGGGGCCCCAGGGAUCCCAGGGGCCCCAGGGGGUCCAGGGGCCCCAGGGGCCCCAGGGGCAGCCGGGACCCCAGGGGCCCCUGGGACCUCAGGGGCCCCUGGGACCUCAGGGGCCCCUUGGAGCCCAGGGGCUCCCAAGCGACCUUGGGGGCCCCGAAGGGCCUGGAGUAGCAACGGCCAGGGGGGCCCCCUGGGGCUCGACUGCGUCUGAGUGGCUCAGAAGAGCUGCGGAAGCCAGAUUCCUGGGGGCCCCCAGAGGGCUUUUGGGUCAGGGGGCCCCCGAGUCUGGCCUGGCUCCUGAUGCCUUCGGGGCCCCGAGCAGCAGCUCAGCCAGCCUAGGGGCCCCCGGGGGCCCCCUAGGUUCUGUGUGGGGCUCCGCAUUUGGGGCCCCAGGGGCCCCCAUGGACCUCUUUGGCUCCACAGCGCCCUGGCUGCUAGGGCCCUCGGGGGCCCCUGUGGGCACUGGGGCCCCCAGGGGCCCUCUGACCGCUUUUGGUGGAGUUCCUGGGAGCUUCUUUGGGGCCCUGGGGUCGUCCUUGAAUCCUCUAGGAGGCCUGGCUGCUGUGGGUGGUGGGCCUCAUGGGCCCGCGGGGGCCCCUGGGAACCCUCUGGGUACCGUGGGUCCCCUGGGGGCCUUCCCGCCCUACCCUGGGGGCCCCUUUGGGCCCUCAGGGGCCCCCCUUGUGGGCUCCGUGGGGGGCCUUCUUUCACUGGCAUCAGGGCACUAUGGGUCUUCGGGGGCCCCCUUGGACACCCUGGGGGCCUCUAGCGCUUCGUCUGUGGGGCCCCAUGGGCUCCAGGGGGCCCUUGUGGGGGAACCUGUGGGGGCCGCUAUGGGGGCCCAUGUGGGGGCCUCUGUGGGGGCCCCUGUGGACCCUCGGGAUGCCCUGAGUCACCUACGUGGCCUUGGGACUGCUGUGGGGGCCCCUGCAGCCUCCGUUAAACCCUUUGGGGGCCCCCUGGGCCCCCUGGCUGGCUUUGCUGCUAUGCCUGGGGGGCCCUUUGGGCCCCAGGGGAACCCUGUUGUCCCUCUGGGAGGCUUUGGUCAAUUAGAUGCACUUGGAUCUGUCCCCGGGGGCCCCUUUGGCCCCCAUAGGGCCCCCGUGGGCCCCACGGGGACCUUUGGCUCCGUCCCUGGGGGCCCCCUUGGGUCCUCGGGGGCCGCCGGGGCCCCUACGGGCCCUGGGGGGCCCCUUGGGGCUGCCCAGGGGCCCUCCUUUGACUCCCUCUUGCGGUCCACGCUCCUUGGGAUUCCUAUUGUCCCUCCAGCCACGGACGGCCUGAGGGGCCCCUUGGGGGGCCCUUUGGGGGGCCCCUUUGGGGGCUCUUUAGGGGGCCCCUUCGGGGGCUCCUUGCCCUCCGGGGUGCCCAUGGCCUCGGUCUUGGGGACCGCCCUGUCCUCCGGGGGCCCCCUGGCCUCGGAGGGCCCCCUGCUCUCCAGGGGCCCCUUGGACCAAGGGUUACCCCUUCCCUCUGGGGGCCCCCCGGAUCCGGGGGCCCCCCUGGCCUCGAGGAGCUCCCUUGAACCGGGGGGAUCCGUGCCCUCCGGGGGCCCCCUGGAUUUGGGGGCCCCCCUUUCCUCUGGGGGCCCCCUGAACGCGGGGGUCCCCCUUCCCUCCGGGGGCCCCCUGGACCCGGGGGCCCCCAUGGCGUCGGGGGCCCCCUUGGCCUCUGGGGGGCCCCUAGUCGUGGGGGCCCCCCAGGGCACCCCAACGUCUGCGGACUCCAGCAACUUUUCGGGGCCCUUCCUCGUUGUGGACUCCGCCGAUUCCGAUGACUCUGCGGAUGCAAGGGGGUCCCCCAAGGGACACCACGGGGGCCCCCUAGGAGUGCCCCAAGGGGGCCCCCUGGAGGGGCCCCCGGAGGCCCUUCUUGAGGGGGCCGAGGGUGAACCCCUAGAGGGGCCCCUGGGGGACCCCAUAGGGAGUUUUACGGAGUUGCUCAUGGGGGGGCCCCCUUGGGGGGCCCCCGAGGAGUCCUUUGAGGGGGCCCCUGGGGGUGUUCUUGGGGAUGAGUAUGGGGGUGUUGCUGCAGCAGCAGCUGAUGGAGAUGCUGAUGCUGCUGCUGCUGCUGCGGGGGUGGAAGGGUUAGAUGCGAAUACCUCAGUAACACGCUACAUUGAGGAAGCUCUUGCUGCAGACAGCGACGAUGAUGAUGAUGCUGCUGCUGCUGCUGCUGCUGCACUGGCAGAGUGGGUGCUGGACCCGUCGGCGGAAGCGCCUGCGAGCCCUGCUGCUGCUGCUGCUGCGGGGCGCAGCCAGCAGUCAGGUAAGAAAGAGGAGACACAAGACACAAAAGAUUCUUUUUCUUAUUCAGGAAAAGAGACGCAGCAGCUGCUGCUGCUGCGCCCCAGGAGCCGGCUGCUCAGCUGCAGCACGGAGAGCACUUUGAGCGCAGAGAGCUCGGACGAAGCAGCAGCAGCGGAAGCAGCAGCAGCAGCAGAGGAGGAAGACGCUGCUGCUGCUGCUCCUGAUGAUGAAGACCCCGAGUUGCUGCCAGAUGACCUCGAUGAGAAGCUGCUGCUGUUCGAAACAGAUGAAGAUGCUGCUGACAUGGCUGCUGAAUCCUUCAAUGGCGAUUCCCUGGAGUCCAGAAGAAAAGGAAGCAGCAGCAAAAGAUAA